GGUUGGCGGGGGGGGUGAGGGGGACUCUGAGAGUCUGAGGCAAUGGCUGGAUUAACACCGCCGUAUACUCCAACAGAUUCAGAGCUGUCGGAGGACGGGAUGCCAUGGAGGCAGAUUCUGGGAGGGUCAUUCCUUGGGUCCAUCGUUGCAGGUGGUGCCUAUUUCACGGCCAGGGAUCGAGGCACGCUGAGCGACUUGUACUUCAAGGUUUCACGCGCGAUCAAUCCACUGUGGAGAUUUCUUCCUCCAGAAAGAGCCCACAGGUUCACAGUCUUAGCGGCCAAGUACAAUCUUGUCCCGAGGGAGUACCGGAUGGAUCCAUCAUGUCUGCACGUCGAUCUAUGGGGAAGGCAUUUCAAUAAUCCUAUUGGCUUGGCGGCGGGGUUUGACAAAAGUGCAGAGGGAGUGGAUGGACUGCUUGGGAUGGGGUUUGGAGCGGUAGAGAUUGGCUCUGUCACGCCCGUCCCGCAAGCAGGCAAUCCUGGAUCGAGGCUUUUCCGACUACCAGAGCAACAGGCAGUGAUAAACAGAUAUGGAUUCAACAAUGAAGGCAUUGAAGUUGUGUCAAAGAGACUGGCAGAGUGCCACAAGAGGAGGAGGAGAGUGGGAAAAAGAAAUGGUGUCAGGCAGGGUGGAGGAUCUGUUCAGAAGCAUGGUCUUGAGACCGGGAUCAUUGGCGUCAACCUUGGCAAGAACAAGAAGACCGAAGAUGCGGCAGCUGAUUUUGAGAAAGGAGUGCGUGGAUUGGCUCAAUAUGCGGACUAUUUGGUCAUCAAUGUCUCGUCGCCAAACACUCCCGGGCUCAGGAAUCUUCAGGGGAGAGAGCAGCUUCAGGCUCUUAUCAAAAGGGUUCUGGAUGCACGCAACGAUAUGCAGUGGGGUGAAGAGACGCCACCACCAGUGCUUGUGAAAGUCUCACCUGAUCUCACUGAGGAGGACAUGGAAGAUAUUGCUGCGGUCGUAAUUGCGGAGCAUGUGGAGGGCCUGAUUGUAAGCAAUACAACGAUUAAACGGCCGAAGGCGAUGGAAGGAUUGCCCGGUACACAGGUGCAUGCUGGCCUUAGUGGCAGGCCAUUGUUGGAGCGAUCGAAUGAAGUUUUGAGGGACAUGUACCGUUUGACAGAGGGAAAGAUUCCUAUCAUUGGUUGUGGAGGAAUUUCCAGUGGCGAGGAUGCGUACGUGAAAAUUCGGGCUGGUGCUUCACUUGUACAGUUAUGCACGGCAUUCAUGAUUGAAGGGCCACCUCUGGUGCCACGAAUAAAGAGGGAGCUUGCUGCCUUGCUGGAAAGAGACGGAUUCAAGUCUGUCUCCGAGGCAGUGGGUAUCGAUCACCGUUAGGCGGCAUCAGCAUUUGGAGCAGACAGAAAAUGUUUUCACCCCGCAGCCCGCAGUCGCUACCUCCAGAGGGGCCGGUUAUACAGCUGAAAGGUACAGGACGGCCCGGGCGUAACGUAUGGAGUACGCAUCGACUCAGUACUUGACAGCAAUUGCCCGCAGCCCAUGAAGAAGUCGAACGACCACAACUUUCGCGCUACUCGUAAAGCAACAACACAACAACACAAACAGCGAUUUUGACUCGAAGCAUAGCUAGC